AUGUCAGAGGAAAAAAAGUAUUAUACAAAAUUCGUUUCAAAAAAAUUUUCUGUUGGUGCUAAUAUCGAUAAAACAGUUGGUGUUGAUUGUAUUAACGUUCAAGGAGAUUUUGUCCAUGAAAUAGCUGAUAUACUUGCUGAACAAUUUAAAAUUGACCCAGCUAAUAUUGAGUGCUAA